CUAGACUUGCAUGGUAGGGACAGUGUGUGGGAGAAGUGAAGCAAAGCGUGAAAAUUAAAAAAAGAAAAAAAAAGUUCAAGAUCAACACGGAAUAGACAACUGGAGUUCGUUUUGUUUUAAUAAAUAAUAAAUAAAAAGUUGUUUUGCUCCGAUCGCGUCUAUACACAGCACGUUCUGGACCUAAACAACAUUCUGGGCUGGUCAGUACAGUGAUUUACACAGCGAGACAGGAGAGACCAGCCCCGCACAGAACAGUGUAAAACUGACGCAUGACAGACGUUAUUAAUUUGUUUUGGAUCAGAAACCUGCAUGUUCACGUUUUUGGUUGAAGAUACAAGUGGGUCCACUCACAUGCAAGCAGGACAUGAAAACACAGCGGUUUCAAGGUCCACAGUGCAGCCUAAGAGCUCCUUCUCUCUUCUCCCAUCCACAAACGGCUGGGGUUUCAGACGGAGGAAGCGGAAGCAGAGUAAGAGAGAUGAAGACUCCCUCAGCCUUUGCAGCCUGGACACCCAGGAGCCCAGUAGCAAGCGGGUGAAGCCUCUCUCCAGGGUGACAUCUCUGGCCAGCCUCAUCCCCCCUGUGAAGACCACGCCUCUGAAGAGGAUCGGCCAGACCCUGCAGCGGUCCAUCAGCUUCCGCAGCGAGAGCCGCUCUGAGAUCCCCACCCCGCGGCCCUGGUCCCGCAAUGCCCCCCCUGCGAUCACCAAGCGCAGAGACAGCAAGCUGUGGAGUGAGACCUUUGACGUGAGAGUCAACCAAAUGCUCUCCGCCAAGGAGAUCAAGCGGCAAGAGGCAAUCUUUGAACUAUCCCAGGGAGAACAAGACCUAAUUGAAGACUUGAAGCUCGCCAAGAAGGCCUAUCAUGACCCCAUGCUGAAGCUUUCCAUUAUGACAGAGCAGGAGCUCAACCAGAUAUUUGGGACUCUGGACUCUCUCAUCCCUCUGCACGAAGAUCUUCUGAGCCGUCUCCGAGAGGCCAGGAAGCCGGACGGAUCGACGGAGCAUGUCGGCCACAUCCUGGUAGGCUGGCUGCCCUGUCUGAACUCCUACGUCAGAUACUGCAGUAACCAGGUGGCGGCCAAGGCUCUGCUGGACCACAAGAAGCAGGACCACCGCGUGCACGACUUCCUGCAGCGCUGCCUUGAGUCGCCCUUCAGCCGCAAGCUGGACCUCUGGAACUUCCUGGACACCCCGCGCAGCCGGCUGGUGAAGUACCCACUGCUGCUCCGAGAGAUCCUGAAGCACACAGCCAACGAGCACACAGACCAACAGCACCUGGACGAGGCGAUCAACAUCAUUCAGGGAAUCGUGGCGGAGAUCAACGUGAAGACGGGGGAGUCGGAGUGCCAGUAUUACAAGGAGAGGCUGGUUUACCUGGAGGACAACCAGAGGGACCUUCUCAUUGAGAACUCCAGGGUGCUGAGCUGCCACGGGGAGCUGAAGAACAACAGAGGAGCAAAACUCCACGUGUUCCUGUUCCAAGAUGUCCUGGUCCUCACACGAGCAGUCACCCUGAACGAGCAGCUCUGUUUCCAGCUCUACCGGCAGCCCAUCCCUGUGAAGGAUCUAGCAUGGGAGGACCUGCAAGACGGAGAGAUCCGCCUGGGGGGAUCAAUCCGCGGGGCCUUCAGCAACAAUGAGAGAACCAAAAACUUCCUCCGGGUGACCUACAGGAGCGGCUCCCAGCUGCAAGCCCAUCUGCUCCAGGCCAACGACAGCUUCAACAAGCAGCAGUGGCUCAACUGUAUCCGGCAGGCCAAGGACGCGGUGCUGCAGGCCUGCGUGGACUCUGUGGCGGGGCGGUCCCCAGACGCACAGCCUCUCCGGGACUCUGUGGGUAGCAGGUACCCAGAUGCACAGCCUCUCCGGGACUCUGUUAGGGGCAGGUACCCGGACCCACAGCCCCUCCUCUCGCCCGGGGGAAGCAACAGCAGCAACACAUCACAGGAAAUAACAAAGUCUGACCAAAUGGACCACUCGGGUAGUGAGUCAGACUACAGCAUGGACACCAGCGAGAUGAGUGUAGACUGUGAACAGAUGGAACAAACAGAUCAACACAGCAAACCUCUGGAGAGCAACGUCUGAGUGCAGGGGAGGGCUGGGGGGGGUGGGGGGGGCAAGCAAACAGAAACACUGUCGUGUGCGUCACGUCUUCAACAUGUACAGUAUUGGAAUUCUGCAGAGGGUGGGGCAUUGGGAAGGAGCAGUUUGGAGAAGCACUUUUUAUUUCUCGUGAUGAAGCCAGCAGUUUCGUGACUAUAGUACUGUAACAGCCAGUUCUGUCUGAAUAUCUGUGUCUAGUCCUGUGUAACGUUUCGUGGUAGAUGGAGGUACUUGACCAGAAAGCUGUCAUUGCAAUCCUGCUGGAAAACUCUUGGUUUUCUUUCUUGCUACUGUCCUCCUGUGGGUGGCUGACCUGACUCCCCUCUCAAAGAAAGCUGUCAAAUUCAGGGUGAUUAAGAAUACUGUCAGGUGGUGCAUCAUGGGAUCAAUCAUGUUGUCAGAGAAGGUGCAUAGCCAAGUUUUGGCUUCAAUUUAGUACUACUGUUCAAUCAAUGAGAUAAACAACAGAAAAACUAUUUAUUUAGGAUAGAUUUGUAGAAUGUUUACAAGUCCUGUUGAUGACCAACAGAAUGUUUAGGACAAUCAGAAGAGCAACCGGGAUCAAAAGCCAGUCCGUGUGCAGGCCCUGGCAUUAUGCAUUGUGUGUGUGCAUUUAUUUCAGGACUGUUAGCCUGCACAGGGAGGAAGAGGGUCAUUGUGUGUGCAGGCUAACAGUCCUGAAGUAAAUGCACAGUCUGCCAUCCUCACUGGGGUGGUCUCGGUCUGUCUGCUGCCAAUGGAAAUGAACAGGACUGGUCUAAAAUCAGAUGGAGACGUGGCAUUAUAUUGUACAUUUGUCAAAUAUGGGGGGGGGGGGGGGGGGGGGGGGGGGAGAGAUGGGAAUUUUGGAAAAGGAUAUUUACUUAAUAUUAGAAUAAGCUGAAGUGGAAGGAGUUACUCUUCUGAAUAUUGUGGCCCAUGAAUGUUAAUAAAAGUGAAAAGCCCCACACUGUUUUGUCAGGCACUGGCUGUGUUCUGCCUUUGUACCUUGUUUAACUCCUGAUAACUGAAGCGGGUUAUUCCAGAAGGCUGUGUCUGUCUGCAACAGUGAGCUGCUGUCCCUUUCAAAAUAAAGAGUCUUACAGCACACGCUAAUAUACAGGCACACUGUUGACACAGUUUCCAGCCCAAUUACAUCAAAAAGGCCUUAAUGUGAUCAAAAAGAAUGUCUGAUGCCAUAAUGAAUCAGUUUUACAUGAGACAGACAGAACCUACAUAGCAGAAAUGUAACUGCUAAAUUAUUGCCAAAAAGUCAUUUUUUUAUUUGUACUUUUUUAAAUCUCAUAUUAUAGAAUGUUUGUGUCAUUCUGCUCUUUGUAAAUACAGCGAGGUCACUUGCAUUAAGAGAUCAGUGUGGCGCGGGGUAAUCCGUAUGAAACAAGGUAUAUUCCUUUCUUAUUUUUUAUAAGUAUUGUCUGAUUGUAUUCUUUAGACUUUUGUUUGUGUAUUUCUAGUUUGUACACUUGGUGUAAGAGGGUUGUGGUUAUUUGGCAAUGCUUCCCAUGUUGUUCAAGGUUGCAUAUGUGGAGUUGAUUUGUAAGAGUUCAAGGCAGACCUGGGAAAGGCGAAUGCUGACAGGGUCAGAAUAUGGAGUGAAGACUUCAUGUAUUUUCUUGAAGGCAAUGGCACGUUUUAUAUUUUUAUUAAACGCCACAUAGAAAGAAAGAGGUAUGUUGUGAGAUGGUUUGUGGAGAUGAAUUUUGAAAUGAUAUCUGAAAUAUUUUUUGUAACUUCCAUGAAGCAUUACCAAAUAAAGGAUGUGAAGUCUGA